AUGGCAUAUGUAAAUAGAUUUAUUACGAAUUGUAGGCUUAAAAAAGAUAAGUAUAAACGGAAGUUUGGACCACUUACAACACAAGAAUUAGAUCAAGCUUUUAAGGUAUUGAUAGUAAUUGCACAAAAACAAUCUUUCCAAUUAGAUUAUAAUAAACUUGUCAAUUCUAAAUCGCUCAGUAAAGAGAGCAGAAUUUUAUGUUUAAAUCCUUUUAUGGAUAAUUCGAAAAUUAUACGAGUAAGCGGUCGAUUAAGAAACACAAAUUAUUCAUUUGAUAAAAUUAAUCCUAUAAUAUUAUGCUCAAAACAUAAAUUAACUACGUUAAUAUUACACCAAGAGCAUCACCGAUUACUUCACUGUGGUGCUCAACAACUUCUCGCAAGUAUUAGAGAACGAUUUUGGCCAAUUUCUGGACGUAACGCUUGUAAAGAAAUUAUUCGGAAAUGCGUUACUUGUUUCAAAGCAAAACCAUCGUCAAAUGAUUAUCUAAUGGGAAAUUUGCCUAGUAGUAGAGUUAAUCAAGAUUUUCCAUUUAACAAUGUCGGCCUUGAUUAUGCUGGACCGUUUAUUAUCAAAGAUCGAAUAACACGCGGUGCCAAAUUUAUUAAGGUUUAUAUUUGUAUUUUUAUUUGCAUGUGCACCAAGGCUAUUCAUUUGGAUCUGGUCUGCGAUUUAUCGACAGAAUCUUUUUUACAAACAUUAAAACGAUUCAUUGCUAGAAGAGGUCUUCCUAGUAAUAUAUUUUCGGACAAUGCAACAACAUUUGUUGGAGCAAACAAUCAUUUAAAGGUUUAUAUAAAUUUUUAUUGGAAUCUAACGAAGAGAUUAGAAGCAAAUUAA